AUGGCGAAGACUACCGAGCAGCCCUGUACAACUCGUCGCUACGAGCCAAAUGCCUCCAUCGCUCUUAUCGGGAUUCGGGGUGCAGGGAAGAGGUCGCUUGGGUUCAUCGCAGCAGCCCAUUUACGACGACGCUUCGUGAGUGAGGGCCUGUAUUUCGAGAAGGUCACUGGAUACAAGAAGUCCGCGUUCAUCGAAAAGUUUGGCCAGGAUGACUUCUACCGACGCAAUGAAGAGGUCUUGCAGCAGAUGCUUGAUAGCCAUGGCACCGGCUGUGUCCUCGAAUGUGGCAUGGCAACAUUGACGACUGGUGCACGCACCAUACUUCGCCAGUUCGCCCAGUCUCAUCCAGUAAUCCACAUCGUUCGUGAUUUCCAAAAGAUUUCCCAAGCUUUGUCACUCAAUGGCGAUCAGAAAGCCCAGCUCUACAAGGCCGACCUUCGCCAUCAUUACUGUUCAAAUUUCGAGUUCUUCAACCUCGAAGACAGUUCUCUAGGAGACAUACAUGAUGCACAUGUCAGUAGUGAUCCGCCAAAUCCUCGAAUCCUUAGAGACGUCAAACUGGACUUUCAGAGGUUUAUCGAUUUCAUCUGCCACCGACCUGGAUUUCGCGAUUCGGGGCCCUUUUCUUUAUCAGCUCUUCCUCUGGAGCGCCGACGACACUCCUUUGUUACGUCUGUGAAGCUAAGCACACUUCUUGAGAAUAACAUGCCCGAGACCUGGCAAGACUCGGGCGAAGACGCCAUCGAGCUUGUUUUAGACCUCUUCUCGGAAGGUACUUACAGGUCAAUCAGCGAGCAAAUCAGCCGAUUGAAGAGAGCUCUCAAGAUACCAAUCGUGGUCUCCUUACCGAAACAGGAGGGUGCCGCUAACUUGACUCCUGAAAUCACAGCGAGUACCCUUCAGUAUGUUCUCAGGCUUGGUAUUGACUACUUAUUGGUCAAUCUUGCCCUUGAUGAGGUCGUCCAUCGCACGUUGUUGGCAGACAAAGGUCCAACUACAAUCAUAGGUGAUGGCGUCUUUCCGGACCCUACGGCGCGCGGCUGGCUCGAUACGUGUCGGAUUCAGCUUUGUGAAAAUGCUGAAAUGAUCGGCUUCGACACAAUAAGGUUGACGCAGCCCGCGCUCGAACGGCAGGACAACGAAGACGUUCGAUAUUUCGCUGCGCAUGUCUCUCGAGCAUACAGUAUCACUGUCAUCGCAUACAAUACCGGUCGCCUCGGGCGCACAUCACGAGUCUUCAAUCGACUUCUGACUCCCAUACGCCACUGCACACGUGCCUCGCUCGCCUUCGUCGACGAGGAUCCCGAGGACAAGAUCACCAUAUCUGAUGCGACCUCCGCCCUUUUCGAAUGUUUCGAGAUGGAUUCGUUGGAAUUCUACAUUCUCGGCCAGUCAGUGUUCUACAGUUGCUCGCCGCCUAUGCACAAUGCUGCGUUUGAGCUAUAUGGUCUGCGCCACAGCUUUACCUUUCGGGAGAUCGCAACAUUCAGCGAGAUUCUCGCCAUUGCCAAUACACCCACAUUCGGCGGCUCUGCAAUUAGUUUUCCAUUUAAAGAAGAUGCAUUUCGAGCAUGCACGGCAAUGAGUCCCCAUGCUUCCAUCAUCGGCUCGGUCAAUACCUUGAUUCCAUUACGUCUGCUCCUGAAUGAGAACACGGCUUCUUUGGAAGAACAAGCAGACAAUCGGAACAACGCAGGCAAAGUCAUUGGUCUGUAUGGUGACAACAGCGACUGGUAUGGAGUCUACAUCAGUAUCUUGAACAGACUCUCUCCUCGCAACACGGCCCGUCUGCACAAGACUACUGCCCUGGUUCUGGGAGCCGGAGGAUCCGCUCGUGCCGUAAUCUAUGCGCUUGCUCAGCUCGAAUGUGCUGAGAUUCACGUGCGUAACAGAACAUAUGGGAAUGCUGUCAAAGUUGCAGAUCAUUUCAAUGCUUGGUGUGAGGCCGAGAACAGACCGUCGCGGGUUUCAGCCUGGAAUGAACAGCAGCGGGAGUGGCCUGCUGACCUGGAGCUACCGACCAUCGUCGUCAACUGUCUUCCAUCACAAGCCUCUCUUUUCGAUGAUCAUGAUCAGGUAGCCGAACCCCUGCCAUCAGCACUACUCGGAAACCCGUCUGGUGGUGUGGCAGUCAGCAUAUCCUACAAUCCAAGAAUCACGCCUUUCCUCCAACAGGUCAUGAAUUUCCGCGACGAAUGUGGCAUCCCAUGGAGAAUUGUGACUGGUGUAGACAUUGUUUUUGAGCAGGCUCUUCUACAAUUCGAGCAACUCUCCGGCUACAGAGCCCCAAAAGCUACAAUGAGGCAAGCGCUCGAAAGUGCCACAGAAGUACGAACACUCCACUGA